AUGUUACUUCGUCUAUUCAUACUAAUUUUAGGUAUUGGAAUAGUUCGCUUUGGUGAUACCUGCACCAAACGAAAACUGGGUGGAUGGCAAUCAAGUAAUGAUGAUACUUUACAAACUGAAAUGGUGACAUUAGCACAGCAACAAUUAGAAGCAACUUCCGAUUUAUCCUCUCAACCCAUUCGAGUACUCAGUUUUCAGACACAAGUAGUAGCUGGUACUAAUCUACGUUUAUUAUUUAUCGUCAAUGAACAACAACAAUGCACUUUACAAGCUUUCAAACCAUUACCUUACACUGAGCUACCUACACAAAUCACAUCUUUUCAAUGUAACAAUGUCACGGAGCAGGCUUAA